AUGGGCGACGAGAAGUUCGAGUACCAAUCCCUCCCCAUCCCCUCCUACGAAGAAGCCACCGGUCAACCAUCCUCCUCUCGCUCCGAUCUCGGUGAGGGAAAUGAUACCGAACGCCAGGGCUUGCUCAGACACGAUGCGCCUCCUCCCAGGGGCUACCAGCCCCCGACAGUGGAAUCCGCGCGCACCAGUCUCGAUGACAUCGCCUCAUCCGCCGCAACUUCGGACCGGGGGUCUCUGGAGGAGCUACGGAGGGAGGUGGAUCAGAUGGACGUUGAUGACUCCGCUCAUUCAUCCUCGCCCGGCGCUGGCCCGCGUCUACGCCAUCGCUUCUCCAAACAAUUCUCCAGCUUAACCCGAACCCUGUCCGCCAUCCAUCGGCCUCUCCAACGAUUUCUUCCCACUUUCCGCUUCACCAUCAAUCUCAGCGGCACCCGGGAACACUUGAGGAGCCAUGGAUGUAUCAUGAUGCUGCGGCUGUUUGCGCUACUGCUAGUUGUCUCCAUGGUCUACGUAUUCUUUAUCUCCGAUAUCUUCGGUCUGAAUAAUCGCAUGAUGAUGGGCCAAUCCUAUAGUGCAUCCUCAGUCGAGAACUUCAUUCAGGGCCACAUCAAUGAGACAAAUAUCGCCGAGAACUUGAAGCGGGUCUCCAACUUCUCCCACAUUGCCGGCACCGAAGGGAGCUUCGUGCUGGCAAACUGGAUUGAGCAGGACUUUCAACGAGCAGGCUUUGAUCAAGUUGAACGGGAGGAAUUCCAGGUGUACCUCAAUUACCCCCGUGAGGGCGGCCGGAGAGUCGCCAUCGUCGAUCCCCCCAAUCUCGCAUGGGAGGCGGCCCUCGAGGAAGAUGGUGAGGCAGCCCCGGUCUUCCAUGGACACUCCAAGUCUGGUAAUGUCACCGGGCCUUUGGUGUAUGCCAACUUUGGGUCUCGCGAGGAUUUCCAACACCUCGCUGACCAGGGCGUCUCACUGGACGGCGCCAUCGCUCUCGUCCGAUACUAUGGCACUGAGUCCGACCGUGCGUUGAAGAUCAAAGCCGCCGAACUGGCUGGCGCGGCGGGAUGCAUCAUCUACACGGACCCCGCUCAGGAUGGGUUUGUCAAGGGCCCGGCCUUCCCCAAGGGACGAUAUAUGCCGUCGGAUGGCGUACAGAGGGGCGGAGUGAGUCGAAUGUCGCAAGUCGUCGGGGAUGUCCUUACCUUCCGCUCGCCUGGCGCGAUGCGCAGCGGCUUCUGCAGGGCUCUCAAGGGCCACGGGUCCAAGGUCCCGAAGCAAUGGGUGGGUGGCGUGCCCGACGUUAAGGAAUGGUGGACGGGCGGUCAGAAAUCACCCAAGGUGCACUUGAUGAAUUUGCAGGAUGAAGUGGAGCGGCGCCCCAUCUACAACGUCCACGGGAGGAUCCUUGGACUCGACGAACGCGACAAGAAAAUCAUCGUAGGGAACCACCGCGACUCGUGGUGCCUUGGCAGUGUCGAUCCUGGAAGCGGCACUGCGGUAUUCUUGGAGCUUGUGCGAGCCUUUGGCGAGUUGCUCACCUACGGGUGGCGGCCACUUCGCACAAUCGAAUUCGUCAGUUGGGAUGGAGAGGAAUAUAACCUGAUUGGUUCGACUGAGUACGUCGAGAAGAAUGCGGAGUCUCUUCGGGAGAAUGCCUUUGCGUACCUGAAUGUCGAUGUUGGCGUCUCUGGGCCCGACUUCCGCGUGUCGGCAUCACCGGUUUUUGAACGCACCGUGCUGCAGAUCCUUGGCCGUCUCUCUGACCCCGUUGCCAAUGAGACGCUCAAAGACCUCUGGAACGGUAACAAGAAGAAACUGCAACCUUUAGGGGCAGGUAGCGAUUAUGUCGCAUUCCAGGACAUUGCCGGCACCUCAAGCAUCGACUUUGGAUUCGAGGGCGAGCCAUACCCUUACCACAGUUGCCAUGAGUCCUACGACUGGAUGGUGCAGUUCGGUGACCCGGGCUUCCAGUACCACGGGUUGCUGGCUCAAUUCUGGGGGCUUUUGUUGCUUGACCUCUCGGAAAACCCGAUGCUGCCCUUUGACAUGGAAGCAUACGCCUUCUAUUUGGAUGGCUGGGUCCAUGACCUGGAUAAAUUUGCCAAGUCCAAAAAGGCCAAGGUGGAUCUAAAGCCGCUGGUGAAAGUCAUAGGCGAGUUCAAGAGCGUCGCAACGAAGUUCCAUUCAUGGAACAAGAUCUGGCACGAUACGGUCUGGGGCUUAGGCGGGUAUGAAAGCAAUGUUAUGGCGGCACAGCGGGUCAACCACAACGCGCGAAUGGCCUGGUUUGAUACGCAUCUCUUGGACCUGGAGGAGGGCGGCGGUAUCCCUAACCGUACCCAAUUCCGCCAUGUCAUCUUCGGGCCCGAGCUGUGGUCCGGCUACGACGCCUCGGUGUUUCCAGCGAUCCGCGACAGCAUCAACACGGGCAAUUGGACCUUGACCCAGCAUUGGAUCGACCGUGUUGCCGGUAUAAUCCAUCACGCCAGCGAUAAAUUGCUUCACUAA